GGUAGCACUUACAUUAUUGAUGGGGCUCGGCUGCAAGCAGGCUGCUUCCACAGGGCUGAGCUGGAAUUCACCUGUUUGCCACUACUCCAGUUGCUUGGUGAUCACAAACACCUCAGCCUGGAGAUGUGUGGCUGCAGAGCCAGUGUCCCCAGCCCGAAGCAGGACUCGGUCAGUCAGCCAGCUCCGGCUCCCCCCGAGAGCAGCCCUGCAGCUGCAGCAGGCAUGGCCAAGCGCACACCUAUAGCCAAGCAGCUGGCAUCAAUAAAAGGUCUAAGAAAAGGCUCAGACCUUGAAAAAGCUUUUGCUACUGCAGCUUUGGUGUAUAACAACGCUGCUGACCCCGAGGGCAAGCUCAGCAAAGCUGAAACCAAAAGCUUGCUGCAAACCCAGUUUCAGGGUUUCAUACAGGGGCAAGAAACCAAACCAAAAUACCAGGAAAUAAUCUCUGCCCUGGAUGAGGAGUUGGAGAACAAAAUGGAUUUUGAAGAUUUCAUGAUCUUGUUAGUCAGCCUCACUCUAAUGUCUGACUUGCUGCAGGAGAUAAAAAGCAUGCAAACCACUGCAGGCUGAGUGCCUUGGAAGGGGAAAUGGCCUGGCACUUGGUAAGGACAGCAGGAGUGAGCCGCAGGCAGAGCCAACACCAGCCCCUGGCUGUCCUGGGCUGGUGCCUUUGACAUGGAAUAAAGCCUUCUCCAAACUUG